ACAUUGGACUCGCUGCCAGAGCGCAUGUGUCUGCUCAACAUUGGCUGCUAGUUAUGGCUAGUCUCGCUGUUUCACCAACCGCGCGCUCGUGAUAGUUACCAGCCUCCAGUCGUGCCCUGGCAUCGAGGUCAGCCAGCCUCGGGUGGUCGUCCUUCAGUCAGCUUACGGGGACCGUAACACACAAUCAGCUUUUCACCAACUAGUCACGAAACGGACAACAAACACGUCAAAAUGUCGGCUCCGUACUGGGGCCAGCUCCCACCACUAGCUACAGUUGCUAGGAGUCGGCGCAUGUCUGGCGAUGUGACGCCGACAACCCCAUCCGACUCACGCCAGUCCUUCGAUAUCCACUCGCAGAACCGCCAAAGACCGGAUCGCAAUUCUGUCCAGACCACAAGGUCGGAAGUUCAAACUGACUCAAAUUCCAGCCCUUUCGCAUCGCCGACCACUCCCAGCUUUAUGGGCCACGGACCUGCGCCUCCCCCAGCACCAGUGCCAUACGGUACCGGCAACAAGUAUCCGCCCGAGUUACUAGAAAAGCGCCUUCGCCGUCGGAGCCAGAAUCAAGACUAUGACUUAGACUAUGCACUCGAUACUGGCCCACCGCCGCCUGCCGUCCCGGAGGCUCCCACAGGACCUCCCAUGAGUUACAGAUAUCCCGCUGCCAUUGCUGAACAACAAAAUUCGUACUUGAAUUCCUCUCCGGGAUCAUCCCCCUUGACCCAAGACGUGGGCUCAGCUGGAUUUCACCAGAAUCAAACCUCGGCCGGUGAACAGCAAGUAUCUCGGGACACGAGUAAUGCGAGCACGAGCUGGCGACCACAGCGUAUCGUUAACGGAUCGACGCGUUCGGCAAACAUGCCACCAUCUGCGGGAGCAAACAGCCACCGACGCAGGGUUUCUGGUCUUGACCAGCCUCUACAGAGGAGUACUAGGCGCUCGUCAGCGAGCCAGCCAGCAACCCGACAGAGAAUGUUCGCAGACGACCGCUCACCACUUCAGAGGCUCCAGCUGACCCUGGACAGCAUAGCAAAAGAAGAAUCAGGGGAAGGACCUACUCCACAAGCCGAAGCCACCGACGGCCCAACACGAAAAGGUGCGCCAGAGAACUCGGCAUAUGAACAGACCGAAGUAAAGACGAUAUCGCCGCAAGUGCCUGUCCAGAUUCAACAGGUCGCGCUCGCCUUUCAACGUCAGGAUCAACCCUCACAGACUAUGCCGGUAAGUUCGACGACUUCAACCAGACCUGACCAAGGUUCGGCGGCUGCAAAGGGACCUCUCUCGCAGAAUCCUCCCGAAGAAGGGCGAACGUAUGGAGCAAACGGUGGGCGAGUUGCUAGAACUCAGGUGCCUGACCCACGGAUUCCAAUGAACGCGGCCGUCAGGACUUCUAAUCUGCCACAGCGCAACCUCAGUUUCCGCGAGAGAGCAGCUAAUCAGGAGGCCAAGCUGCCCAAUGGUAUCAAUGAAGCCUUGGGCCCCAUGCCCGCACCAAGGAAGGUGGUGAAGAAGCCGGUAGCAGAGCCAUGGCCAAGGCAAAGCCAAGAAAAGCAGGAGGCCCUGGAGUCAGCAGAGGUUCGAGAUCAUCAACCAGUUGAGGAUACAGUCGAAAGGGCUGUCAAGGAUGACCAAAGUCAGCAGUUCGGCAAUAUCACCAUUGGAGCGAGCGCAGAGCCAGCCAGAGUAGCGAGCCAGAGAAAGGCGGACAAAAUGCUUGGUCGUGCUCCCAUCCAGCAACCUCAGCAGUAUACAACACCUACGGAGCGACAAAUCCAAGUUCAGACCGAGCCCGACCCCCAACCUCCCGUCGAAAGUCCCAUCAUUCCUGCCGAAACCCCACAGGCUACGACCGAAAGGAUGCCCAUGCGCGGGCCGAACCAUCCUCACCCACCUAACUACCAGCACCAACACCAGCACCAGGCACGAAGAGAUGUUAGACGUGACGACCAAGGGAGAGAUCUUAGACGCGACCGCGAUGAUGCUGAGCCUGGCCAUCACAUCUCUAAUAUUUUGUACCAUGCGCGGGACGACCUCGAACCCGGGCAGGGCGAGUUUCAACCAACAAAAUACCUAGAAGAGUGGAAGAAUGGCACAGUCGGUACUCUUGGCGGCCCGCUUCUUGACCUGGGUAAUGUAUCGCCUGUAGGAGAUAAGGGCGCACCCCAGUUUCGGAGACGAGGUACCGGGGGACUGCGGCCAAGGAGAGGUGAAGCUUUUGAUGGGGAGUAUGAUGACACUUAUGGCCAUCCUAAGUUAGGACGCAAGGGCGAGACUCUCUAUGUCAGACCGGUCGACCAUCUGGACGAAGGCAAGGAUCUUUCCCGGGAUGAGACCGACAACGGAUUAUUCGAAAAGUCAAGAAGCGCGCCAGAGUCUCUGCCGGCCGGCGUAACUGACCCGCCCGGCUCGUUCAACGCCCGAAAGAAACGCGCCAGGAUUGAUGGUGAGAAAGUAGGAAAGUACAAAGACGUCCGAGGUUUCCGACUUCACGCCGAGCGAGGAUACACUUUCUGGCGAUUUAAUAUCGAAGUCGAACUCCGCGAAAAACAACAACGCAUCGCUUAUCGGAUCAACAGGGGACCGGCGACGGGGUUUUGGGUCCCAGCCAAAGGACAGGCAAUGAACAUUAUGUUCCACAGCUGCAACGGCUUUAGCUUGAGCGUCGAUCCUAACCAGUUCAGCGGCCCCGACCCUAUGUGGCGCGACGUGCUCAACACUCACCAGAGCCAACCUUUCCAUGUGAUGAUCGGUGGUGGUGACCAAAUCUACAACGACAAGUGCAUGCAAGAGACGCAACUCUUCAAGGAAUGGCUGCUUAUCAAGAACCCGUUGCACAAGAAAGAUAUUCCCUUCAGCGCGGAGAUGCAGGACGAGCUUGAGCGCUUCUACCUGGACCGAUACGCCAUGUGGUUUUCGCAGGGUUUGUUUAGCAUGGCAGCCUCACAAAUCCCCAUGGUCAACAUGUAUGAUGACCACGACAUCAUUGACGGCUUUGGCUCGUACCCCCAUCAUUUCAUGAACUCCCCAGUGUUCUCGGGACUUGGCAAUGUUGCUUUCAAGUAUUAUAUGCUUUUCCAGCAUCAGAGCGUGGUGGAUGAAACGGAGAAAUCCGAGCCAAGCUGGAUCUUGGGUGAUAAACCGGGCCCGUACAUCCACGAGGUCAGUCGAAGUAUGUUUAUGUUCUUGGGCGCAAAGGUUGCACUACUGGCGGUUGACGCACGGACUGAGCGAACGCGAGAGGAAGUCAUCAGAGAAGAUACAUGGAAGAGAAUUAUGGACCGGUGUUAUGGUGAAAUCGAAAACGGGAAGGUAGAGCAUCUGCUGGUCCUCCUUGGUGUGCCGGUCGCUUACCCGAGGCUGGUCUGGCUGGAAAAUAUCUUGACCUCUCGUCUGAUGGAUCCUGUCAAGGCUCUUGGAAAAGCCGGCCUUUUCAAAAACCUUUUAAACCAUUUCGAUGGAGGCGUUGAAGUCCUGGAUGAUUUGGACGACCACUGGACAGCCAAAAACCAUAAGGAGGAGCGGGCAAUUGUGAUCGAAGAUCUACAGGACCUGGCAGCUGACAAGUCCGUCAGAGUUACUAUUCUCAGCGGUGACGUCCACUUGGCAGCCAUCGGGCAAUUUUACUCGAACCCCAAGCUCAACAUCCCGAAGGACAAGGACUUCAGGUACAUGCCAAACGUCAUCUCCUCCGCUAUCGUCAACGCUCCGCCUUCAGAUAUGUUGGCCGACGUGCUCAACAAACGUAACAAGGUGCAUCAUUUCGACCGAGACACGGACGAAGACAUGAUCCCAAUGUUCCAACAAGGUGUCGAUGGCAAGCCACGUAACAACAAGCACCUGCUUCCACACCGCAACUGGUGCUCAAUUCGGCUGUAUAACCCCGGGAACACACCAGACUCCACACCCGGCCAGUCCGUAAUUGGCAUCAACGCCUACGGACUACCUCCCAACGGACCCAGCCUGUUACGUCGCCUCUCACUUUCCAAAACACGAAGCCAAUCCGGCCCCACAUACCGCGGCCCCGACAGCGUGCGCGACCGAACCCGCCCGCCCAUCUCCAACGCGUUGCUCCGCACUCUCUCCCGCCGCGGACCAAGCGCAAGCGCUGAUCAAGUCGUCCCCGGAGGCCGCGGAAGCCCAGCGGCAACAGGAAAGCCCCCCGGAUUGUUGAAGAGGACGCUCUCGGGCUCCUCCAUAAGCGGUAAAGUCGGCGACUUCUUCCGCCGUCGUAACAGCAUCAGCUCCCAGCGGCCGCGUGUGGGUGAUGAGGGCAUUGACGGGACUUGGGUUCCGGAAUCGGACGCUGAACAGGCUGUUUACGAUGACUAUGCCCAUGUUGGGGAUGAGUAUAACAUCCCUAAGAUCCGCGGUGGCAUUCGCGAUGGCAUGUCUGCUCGUGUGGGCUUGCGCGGUGGAGGGGGUGAAUACCAUCCUACUCCCCCCGUGCCCGCUGGUAUUGGUGGUGACGAGUUUGUUGCCGGUGACGAGAGUUACUUUACGGCCAAACCGGUCUCUGAUCAUAAUCGUGGAGUUAGUACCGGUGGCGAGUACCCCUCUUCACCAAUAACCGGUUUCAGUAACACCGGCCGGAGUGGUCCCACGGGCAUGGGCAUGGGCAUAUUCCAGUCCCAAGCAACAUCCGCCUCCUUGCCAGAACGGGACUUUGCACCUUCUCAACCCUCACCUCGUAGUGGCGGCAGUAUGUUCCGUUCCAGAACAACAGGCGGUGACACAAGAACCAUAAAGCGCGGAGACGCCAUACCUCGAAUCAUGGCCGACGGCGCACUGGAAGUCACCCUCAACGUGGAGAUCAGCCCGUGCGAUCCGGGAGGCAGCACGGUGCCGUACCGCCUGCUGGUGCCCAAAUUAUCGUAUGAGUAUGAGGGCGAGGAUCAUGACCACGAUCACGAUCCGGAGAUGAAUGCGAUGGUUGGGGAGGAGCGUACGUCGAGCCCGGGGCAGGUGCAGACGUUAGAGUCUAGGCAGCGGGAGGAGAUGGGGAUGGAGAUGGGAAUGGUGAUGGGGAUGGAGGAGAAGCCUAUCACUAGUGGUGGUGGAGGGCUUAGACGGUUGCUUAGUUUGAAAAGGAAUGGUCGACGAUGAGGAUAGGAAAUGAUGACAUGGGACGGGAUGUAGUGGGUGUAAUGCUAUGAUUAAUUUUGGGUUGGAUGUGCUUUUCACUAUUCGUUAGUCUUGGAUUGGGUUUUAGGCAGUUAUGCACCUGAGCUAAAGUACACGUGAAGCAGGUACAGAUGGAUAAAGUAUGUACUAGAUGACGAUUUAACGAUUGAUGAAUGGACAUGUCCUUUUUU